GCCUGGAGACUCAUGACGAGGCCUCAGUUCUCACUCCCAUUGCGUGUCCGGUUUCUACAGCAGUCAAUCAGCGUCUCCGCGGUUCCCGGUUAUAAAGUCGCCACCACCUUGCGGAACUCAGAUUCUCCCCAGCUCGCAAGGAUGUGGGUCAUGGAGCCUCGAACCUUCCUCCUGCUGCUCUCGGGGGCCCUGACCCUGACCGAGACCUGGGCGGGCUCCCACUCCAUGAGGUAUUUCUACACCGCCGUGUCCCGGCCCGGCCGCGGGGAGCCCCGCUUCAUCGCCGUCGGCUACGUGGACGACACGCAGUUCGUGCGGUUCGACAGCGACGCCGCGAGUCCAAAGGAGGAGCCGCGGGCGCCGUGGAUGAAGCAGGAGGGGCCAGAGUAUUGGGAGGAGAACACGCGGAUCUACAAGGAAGCCGCACAGACUUUCCGAGUGGGCCUGAACAACCUGCGCGGCUACUACAACCAGAGCGAGGCCGGGUCUCACACUUACCAGUGGCUUUGUGGCUGCGACUUGGGGCCGGACGGGCGCCUCCUCCGCGGGUACAGUCAGUCCGCCUACGACGGCGCCGAUUACAUCGCCCUGAACGAGGACCUGCGCUCCUGGACCGCGGCGGACACGGCGGCUCAGAUCACCCGGCGCAAGUGGGAGGCGGCCGGUGUGGCGGAGCAUGACAGGAACUACCUAGAGGGCACCUGCGUGGAGUGGCUCCUCAGAUACCUGGAGAACGGGAACGAGACGCUGCAGCGCGCGGAACCCCCAAAGACACAUGUGACCCACCACCGAGUCUCUGACCAUGAGGUCACCCUGAGGUGCUGGGCCCUGGGCUUCUACCCUGCGGAGAUCACCCUGACCUGGCAUCGUGAUGGGGAGGACGUGACCCAGGACACGGAGCUUGUGGAGACCAGGCCUGCAGGGGACGGAACCUUCCAGAAGUGGGCUGCUGUGGUGGUGCCUUCUGGAGAGGAGCAGAGAUACACGUGCCAUGUGCAGCACGAGGGGCUGUCUGAGCCCAUCACCCUGAGAUGGGGUAAGGAGGGAGCCCUGGGCUCAGAGCCUCUUCUCAGGGAAAUCAGGAGCCCUUCUGGAGACCUGCAGCAAGGUCAGGACUCAAGCCUGAGGUCAGAGCCCCUCACCGUCCCUUCUCUUUACAGAGCCACCUUCUCAGCCCACCAUCCCCACAGUGGGCCUCAUUGCUGGCCUGGUUCUCCUUGGAGCUGUGGUCACUGGCGCUGUGGUGGCUGCAGCUGUGAUCUGCAGGAGGAAGAGCUCAGGUAG